GUCCCCUGGUUCCCUCUACCGGGGAAGAGCGACAUCUGGGUGGGCUGGAGGAAAAGAGGAAGACGCGGAAAGGAAGCGGAGGGGAGGAGACCUCUAUCCGGACAGACUAGCAGCGAGGAGGACGUGAACGCAUCGCAGAGGAGGACACCACUGCCUCGCUUAAGCCCUUGCGAUUGGACGAAGGACGGAACACAGACCGGCGGCAUGUAUAAUGCUUGGUCUGAUGUGCAGCUGAGUGUGCUGAAUCUUUGAACCGUAACCAGCGCUGCUCUAUGACUGACCUCCUGUCAGUGGAUCUGUCUGACUGCCACGAUGAUGUCAGUAGACGUGACCAAUCGUAAUGGCCCCUCUGCCAAGCCUCCCACUUCACUCAGCUUGCGUUCCUCCCACAACCAGCUCCUCAGCGGUGAUGUCAUCAAACAGGGCUCCUCCACGCCCCCCAAGUGCCGCAAAAAGUAUGCGCUCACGAGUAUCCAGACCGCCAUGGGCCUGGGGGAAGCGUUGUCGCCUUCGUCAUCACCCACCACGUCUCCCCCGUCCCAACUGUCAACCCCCAACAAUCCUAAACUUGCCAAGAACGGGAUGAACCAGCUUCGUAAAGCCGGGCAGGAUCACAAUAAAAACUCGACAGACCCCGAUAUUAGUGAUGAUGAGUGUAAUUCUGAAAGUGUAACAGAUGAUGCCAGUGUUAACACACCUGAGGAGCCUGAAGCACACACAGAGGAUUAUGUGGAGCUGAACCCAAACGGCAACACUGACCUUGAGUCAGAAUCGAAAAGCAGCAUCAACACAGAUGUGGAUCUCAAACUCAACGGCAACUCUGACAUGAACAUUGAUGUGGAGCAAAGUGAUGAUAUCAGCAUCCUCUCUGAGAAGGAAAUCAUGUCCGUGAUGAAGGCUGACGAUGAUGUCGACGAUGAGGACCCCCAAGACGAGGAGAAGAAACCAUUACUUUUGAUUGAGAAUGAGUCUACAUCUUCAACUGUUGAGCACCAAACUUUGAGCAAAGACUCCCAAGUGCCCUCUCCGCCUUUCCCACCCAGGCAGGCCAGCCCAGAUGACACAGCCCUGCUCUCUGUGGCCUCCUGUUCUUCCUCUUCCUCCUCGUCUCCAGAGACAAAGAAAGACAGACGGACUGGUCCAAAGACAGACUGCGCUCUCAACCGUAUCCAAAAUUUGAACCCGAGCGAUGAAGAGUUGAGUUGGACCACUUUGUCCCAGGAGAGCAACUCCCCAGAGGAAACAGAUAUCUGGAAUGAACAAUCAUUCCAAACGGACCCCGACCUGCCUCCUGGAUGGAAGAAGAUCACAGACAUGGCCGGUAUCUACUACUGGCACAUUCCCACAGGCGCUACCCAGUGGGAGAGGCCUGCCACCCACCCUGCAGCCCCCGGAGAGACAAAGCUCCAGGCGCUGGGUGACCACACAUGCGCUCAACCACCACGUAAACAGUCGCUGGGUUCUCUCAGCCCUUCCCCCACUCCUGACCAAGAGUCAUGUCAGGCUGAGGUCUUCUUCAGAGGCUCCACUCGCUCAGGCAGCACUACCUCUGACAGCUCUGUGGAGCCUCUCCAUGAACACACCCUGCCCACAUGUGGAUUUGUCAACAGCUGCUACUUUCCUCGAUCCACAUCGUUACAGGGAAUGUCUGAUCAAGAGUGUACCCCCCAGUAUCAAGACGACAAAGACAAGAGACAGAUGUGGAGUGAUUUUGGCGGAAAGAUUGAUAGUGAGGUGUGGAAGGACUUGCAGGCUGCCACGGUGAACCCUGACCCCAGUUUAAAGGAGUUUGAGGGUGCAACACUGCGCUACGCGUCACUGAAGUUAAGAAACCGUCCGGCUUUGGAAGAAGAUGACUCCAGCAGUGCCAAUAGUGAUCCACAGUCAAAGUGUUUUGCAGUGCGCUCUCUGGGAUGGGUGGAGAUGGCCGAGGAAGACUUGGCACCGGGGAAAAGCAGUGUGGCUGUAAACAACUGCAUCCGGCAGCUGUCCUACUGCAAGAACGACAUUCGAGACACAGUCGGCAUCUGGGGCGAGGGUAAGGACAUGUACCUGUUGCUGGAGAACAAUAUGUUAAACCUGGUGGACCCAAUGGACCGCAGCGUUCUUCACUCUCAGCCAAUUGCCAGUAUCCGGGUCUGGGGUGUUGGCCGAGACAAUGGCAGAGAUUUUGCAUACGUCGCGCGGGAUAAAAACACACGGAUCCUAAAAUGUCACGUCUUCCGCUGUGACACGCCAGCGAAAGCCAUCGCCACCAGCCUUCAUGAGAUCUGCUCCCGGAUUAUGACGGAACGAAAGAAUGCCAAAGCACUGGCAGGAGGCUCUCUCCAGGACAGAAUGCAGGCAGGACUAGACCUCCCUUUGCAAGAAUUCCCCACACCAAAGACGGAGUUGGUUCAGAAGUUUCAGGUACUCUACCUCGGAAUGAUGCCUGUGGCCAGACCUAUUGGCAUGGACAUACUGAAUGGAGCCAUAGACAGUUUAGUUAGUUCUUCCAUCAGAGAAGACUGGACUCCAGUGGCCCUCAAUGUGGCUGAUGCCACCGUCACCAUCAGCAAGGACAAGGAUGAAGAGGAAGUGCUGGUGGAGUGCCGCGUGCGUUUCCUGUCUUUCAUGGGCGUGGGACACGACGUGCGUACGUUCGCCUUCGUCAUGGACGCCGGCGGCCAUCGUUUUGACUGUCACGUAUUCUGGUGCGAGCCCAAUGCUGGAAGUGUAUCCGAGGCUGUGCAGGCAGCUUGUAUGUUGCGGUACCAGAAAUGCUUGGUGGCACGGCCGCUCUCCCAGAAGGCCUGUGGCUCAUCACCACCGGGCGACUCCGUGUCCCGCCGAGUCUCGACCAGUGUCAAGCGAGGCGUCCUGUCCCUCAUCGACACCCUCAAACAGAAGCGGCCCGUCACAGAGUCACCACAGUGACCGCCAAGCUCAAAAGCACUACCGACCCCCACCAACUCCCCACCUCCACACAAUCGCCAUGGUAACUACCCGCAUCGCUGCCGCCACGACCACGGACUCCUGUAAACAUGCAAACAUACUCCAGAGUCUGGGGAAGCCUAUGACUUUCAGCUUUUGUCACAAGAGUUAAUCAAGCUGGUGAGUGUCUUUUUGAGGGGGGGGGACGGUGUACAUACCCAUCUCAUAUCCAGGGUGGGCUGCUCAAUGGAGCAGCUGCGUGCGUCACCGCUCUUAUUGCACGUGCUGCAGCAUGAAGGCGCACAUUUUGGCCAUGCCCUCUUUCACCCUCCUACUCCCACACGUUAAUUAGCAGGCCGUAAAAUGACGCAGGGAAGCAAGGGUGACGCUUGUGGGGAACGAGAAAGGGAUCAAUACAAAUGUGUCUCGCUCACAUCAUCCUGCAUGAAACUUUUCUAAACAAAUGACACACUAAUAGAGGCAAUAUCAGUACACCGCUGCUGCUUUUAGAUUCCAUAUCAUCAAGCUUUGGCCUGGAUGGAAUCUUUCCUGGCUCACGUAGUCGCCGUUUUUGUCAGCGUUUGGAUGAUGACAGAUGAUAGCCAUAAUGGAGGAGGGCUACACACCAGACUGGGCAGGGUGACAUUUUGCUCCCCCUCCCUCCUGCUGCUUCAACGCCCUGGAGACAUCAGCAUGCUGCUACUGCUGCUGCAGCUGUGUGAUCCUCAUGCUGGAGGAAGUGCUUCUCAAUGGCAGGCCCUCACAGUGUGCUCUUACACUUUUUGUUCCAAGAAGAAGGCGUUCACUGUUUUUCAGUGGAAUACUAUGUACAGUAUGUUGACUGAUGCUAUGUCCACAUGAACACUCGUAUUUUUUCUUUGAAAAUUGACCCGAAUAUAAAACGGUAUUUAUUCCCUAGAAAAAAAGUCUGAAAAAGACGUAGAAGGUUCGGUGUCCUUUUUAACUUGCAAUCUACCGGUAGGAGCCAUACAUUGAUUUUGUUUUGUAUUUAUCUUUUCUACACUGUUGCGUGACUUCACCGGUGUGUGUGGUUGGCACCUGAGUGUGUGGUGUUUACAAGGGCAUGUGUAGAUAGGGCUUGGAUUAUGGCGGGAUGAGCUUGAGAGGAGAACAUUUUUGUUGAUAGCUGCCACUGUCACUAACGUGUUUGGGUUAUCUGAUGCACUUUGGAUGACCCGUUGCACACCUUAGGACUUGCAACAAAUGAAGCAAAUGCUGGAUUCUUAUGAAAGUUUAUGACGUGGAGCAAUGAAGUGAUUUCAUGUGCAAUGUGUGGUGUGCAGUGCGUCGUUCAAUGUGGACCUCAUGACUUAGCCCGCCGUGGCAUUUGGAUGGAUUUUAGACGUUUUUGCCAUAAUGCUACCAGUUAUUUCACUGCUAUCGGAAACUUGAUUUUAAAAAAACAAGGUCUUUUUUGCCUUAAAAACAGGUCAUCUUAUAUUUGAGUCAGUAAAGUAUAUAUUUUUCUAUGCAUAUUUACUCAUAUAUGUCCCCAUGCAAAUCAAAUUUUUCAAAAAGAGAGUUAGUCUUUAUUGCCUACCAUUGCCUACUUUUUUUAAAAAUUGUUUUUCUACACAAAAAAAUUAAACAGGGACUUUACUGAGUAUUUUUUUAUGGCAAAUUAUGUUCAUUUUGGACCAAUUGUGUGGAACAUGUUGACAUGAAAGCAUUGGAAUACAUUUUUCGAUGUAAUUUUUUAAUUUAAUUUUACAUUUCUUUAGCGCAACACUUUAUUAGAAAUUAUUCUCCUUUUCCUCACUUGCUGUGCCUUUUCCAGAAAUGACGUACUUCACGCUUCUGAUUGGCUACAGUGACCUCAGUUAUGGUUUAUAGCGCCAGUGGCGUCUUUGCACGGCAGCCUGCAAAUUGACUUGUAUGUACAGUAAACAUGCAGGCAGUCAUUGUUUUUAUUUUUGGACCCGCCAAAGACAUUUUUUGAUUUUCAAAAAUGCUUGCGUACAUGUGGACAUUGCCUCAAGCUAACAGUAAGGUUUUCGAGGCUGCUAUGGAGGUGUGUCCAGGGUUCUCUUCACUUGUCUUGUGUGGAAUACACGCUUCUUGAUUUCAUAUUUCUGUGCUUUAUUUCUCACAAGAAUCCUAAUCUAGCUCUUCUAGCUCAUUUUUUUAUAUUCAUUUUGUGACAUGGGAUGUACCUGGAGUCCGAGUGAGAUUCUGCAGAGACAGUUCACCCCAUCCGUCUGUCCGGAUCAUAUUGAAAUGUGAACACAAACGUGUGUGUAGUCUGCUUGUAAAUAAGGUAACAUUUGCCAAUUAUCUUUGUCAUAAGCUAUCUGUUUCAUUUUAAAUGUUGUCUUUUAAUUGAAAUGCCUUUUUUUUUAGAACUCACCAAAUGGCCAAAGUGUAACAUAUAACUUGCUGUAGAUAAUACAAUAGGAAAGCAAAUAAUGAAAUAUGUUUCACAUUUAAGUUGAUACCGAAUGAGCGAUUUACCUAUGCAUUUUUUUUAUGGCAAGAGUGGUUAAAAGACCUUGCAUGCCCGGAGAUGUUUGAAAAGGACUAUGUAUUGAACAGAAAUAUUUUUAUUUUAUUUAUUCUAUUUUAUAAUGGUAUAUACUGGUUUUAUUCAUCAAGGUUGGUCAAGUCUCUGGUUUUUGUGUCAUUGUUUUGGCCUUCACAGCGCUUCAACAGGCUCUGCUUGGCAGACAAAAAGGCAACAAAAACAAAAAAACAAAACAAAACACUGGGAGUUCUCUGCUGGAGGAGGAAGAGGACAGCAGAGGACUUCCAGUGUUUCAUAAACAAUAACAACAACACACUCCAUUUACCGCCAAUGGAUGUGUAGGCUCCUGUUUGCUGCUCACAGAUUUGUACACGUUAUUAAUGUAACCAAUUGUGAGAAUAAACAGCAUCUUAAAACUGA